AUGGCCGGCCUGCUCAUCCCGGGCAUCGAGGACCUGCGCCCCUUCACGCCCGCCUCGCUGGCUGCCAUCGAGCAGCGCAUGGCCGAGGCCGAGGCGCUCCGGAUAAAGAGGCAGCAUGUGGAGCUGCCCGAGGAGGAGGAGAUCAAACCCAGGAGCGACCUGGAAGCCGGGAAGAACCUGCCCCUCAUCUAUGGUGACCCCCCCGUGGAGCUCAUUGGGACCCCGCUGGAGGACCUGGACCCGUUCUACAAGGACAAGAAGACAUUCAUAGUCCUCAACAAGGGGAAGUGCAUCUACCGCUUCUCAGCAACCCCUGCCCUGUACCUGCUGGGGCCCUUCCACCCUAUCCGCCGAGGAGCCAUCAAAGUGCUGAUCCAUUCAUAUCCUUCCCUCUGCUGUAAGUUAUUCAGCAUGUUCAUCAUGAUCACCAUUUUAACCAACUGUGUGUUUAUGACGAUGAGCAACCCCCCAGCGUGGUCCAAGAACGUGGAAUACACCUUCACCGGAAUAUACACCUUUGAGUCCCUCAUCAAGAUACUGUCAAGAGGCUUCUGUAUCGAUAACUUCACAUUCCUGCGUGACCCGUGGAACUGGCUGGACUUCAUGGUCAUCUCCAUGGCCUACAUUACCGAGUUUGUGGACCUGGGGAACAUCUCUGCUCUCAGAACCUUCCGUGUCCUCCGGGCCUUGAAAACCAUCACUGUGAUACCAGGGCUGAAGACCAUCGUGGGGGCUCUGAUCCAGUCGGUGAAGAAGCUCUCGGAUGUGAUGAUCCUCACAGUCUUCUGCCUCAGCGUCUUCGCCCUCAUCGGCCUCCAGCUCUUCAUGGGCAACCUGCGGCAGAAGUGUGUGCGGUGGCCACCCCUCAACACCACCCUGCUGGAGGACCUGGGGCUGGACAACGACACCGUGGCCAACACAACACUCUAUGGCAGCUUCACCACUGACACCACCGGCAACUUCACCGGCAACCUCACCAGCAACAGCACCUUUGAUUUCGAGGCCUAUAUCAGUGAUGAAGCCAAUUUCUACUUCCUGGAGGGAGCUUUGGAUGCCCUACUCUGCGGGAACAGCAGCGAUGCUGGGAAGUGCCCUGAAGGAUACCAGUGCAUGAAGGCAGGGAGGAACCCCAACUACGGCUACACCAGCUACGACACCUUCAGCUGGGCUUUCCUGGCCCUCUUCCGCCUCAUGACACAGGACUUCUGGGAGAACCUCUUCCAGCUGACGCUGCGUGCAGCAGGGAAAACGUACAUGAUCUUCUUCGUGGUGGUUAUAUUCCUUGGCUCCUUCUACCUCAUCAACCUCAUCCUCGCGGUGGUGGCCAUGGCUUACGCAGAGCAGAACGAUGCCACACUGCUGGAGGAGCAGCAGAAGGAGGAGGAAUUCCAGCAGCUCAUGGAGCAGCUGAAGAAGCAGCAAGAGGAGCAAGAGAAGAUGUUGCAGGACCGGCGGUCCAGCAGCAGUUCCCUGCCCAGCAGCGUGGCCGAGAAGGAGCAAGACUCAGAGCUCAACAGUGACCAGGACAAGGCAAAGGACUGCAAUGGGCAGGUGAUCCCCAAGGUCGUGCUGCAGCGCUCUGCCACAGUGGUUGAUUUCAACCCAGUCAAUGACCUGGAGAAACCUGACCACAACCACCUCUCCGUAGGCAACCAAGAUGGGCCAGGCCUCGAGAAGAGGGUGGGAAGUGCCAUCAGUGUCCUCUCCAAUGCUGUGGAAGAGCUGGAGGAAGCUCACCAGAAGUGCCCACCCUGGUGGUAUAAGUUUGCCCACACGUUCUUGGUGUGGAACUGCUGCCUUCCGUGGCGGAAGCUGAAGGAGUUUGUCAAGCUGGUGGUGAUGGACCCCUUUGUGGACCUGGGCAUCACCAUCUGCAUUGUGCUCAACACACUCUUCAUGGCCAUGGAGCAUUACCCCAUGACGGAGGAGUUUGAGAACGUGCUGAGCGUUGGGAACCUGGUCUUCACAGGGAUCUUCACUGCAGAGAUGGUUCUGAAGCUCAUUGCCCUGGACCCCUAUGAGUAUUUCCAGCAGGGCUGGAACAUCUUCGACAGCAUCAUCGUCACCCUGAGCCUGGUGGAGCUGGGCCUGGCCAACGUGCAAGGGCUCUCUGUGCUCCGCUCCUUCCGCUUGCUGAGGGUUUUCAAGCUCGCCAAGUCCUGGCCCACCCUCAACAUGCUCAUCAAGAUCAUUGGCAACUCGGUGGGUGCCCUGGGGAACCUCACACUGGUGCUGGCCAUCAUCGUCUUCAUCUUCGCCGUGGUGGGGAUGCAGCUCUUUGGGAAGAGCUACAUAGAGUGCGUGUGUAAGAUCUCCGUGGACUGCACGCUGCCUCGAUGGCACAUGAACGACUUCUUCCACUCCUUCCUCAUCGUCUUCCGCAUCCUCUGCGGGGAGUGGAUCGAGACCAUGUGGGACUGCAUGGAGGUGGCUGGCCAGACCAUGUGCCUCAUCGUCUUCAUGAUGGUCAUGGUCAUCGGGAACCUCGUGGUUCUGAACCUGUUCUUGGCUCUGCUGCUGAGCUCCUUCAGCGCUGACAGCCUGGCAGCAUCCGACGACGACGGGGAGAUGAACAACCUGCAGAUCGCUAUUGGCAGGAUCACCAGGGGCAUCGACUUCAUGAAGAGCUCUGUCAUCUCACUGCUCCGCAGGCUCUGCAAGGGGAAGAAGGUGGCCCCUGAGGAAGAGCAAGAGCCCAACAAGACGGAGAACUCCGUGCUGAACCACGUGGACACUGGCCAGGAGCCCAAGCCGGAAUACCUGGAUGGUGUCACUGGCAAAGAGCACUUUUUAAUGGAUGAACUGGACCACAUGAAUUUCAUUAACAACCCCAACCUGACCGUGCAGGUCCCCAUUGCCUCCGAGGAGUCUGACCUCUACGAGGAGACCAGCACCCAGUCCGACACCGAGGAUGCCAAGCAAGGGGCUCCCCCAAACCCCCUCUCCAGUGACAACGCCUCAUCCUUCUGCAGCACAGUGGAUUACAAACCCCCGGAGCCGGAGCAGGAGGAGGUGGCAGAAGAGGCUGAGGAGAGCAAUGAGCCUGAGGAGUGCUUCACUGAAGCCUGCGUGAAGAGGUUUCCCUGCCUCUACGUGGACAUCACCAGCGACAGAGGGAGGAUCUGGUGGAACCUCCGGAAAACCUGCUUCCGUAUCGUGGAGCACGACUGGUUCGAGACCUUCAUCGUCUUCAUGAUCCUCCUCAGCAGUGGGGCACUGGCUUUUGAGGACAUCUACAUCGAGCAGCGAAAGGUGAUACGCACCAUCCUGGAGUACGCUGACAAAGUCUUCUCCUACAUCUUUGUCAUUGAGAUGCUGCUCAAGUGGGUGGCCUACGGCUUCAAGGUGUACUUCACCAACGCGUGGUGCUGGCUGGAUUUCCUCAUUGUCGAUGUUUCCAUUGUCAGCCUGACAGCAAACUGGCUGGGAUACUCUGAGCUGGGAGCCAUCAAGUCACUGCGGACACUGAGGGCUCUGAGACCACUGCGUGCCCUGUCCAGAUUUGAAGGCAUGAGGGUGGUGGUGAACGCCUUGCUGGGCGCCAUCCCCUCCAUCAUGAACGUCCUGCUGGUGUGCCUCAUCUUCUGGCUCAUAUUCAGCAUCAUGGGGGUGAACCUGUUUGCGGGGAAGUACUAUCGCUGUGUCAACACCACCACGGGAGAGCUGUUCGACAUCAGCAUCGUGAACAACAAGAGCGACUGCAUGGCUCUGCUCCACACCAACGAGGUCAGAUGGGUCAACGUCAAGGUCAACUUCGACAACGUGGGCUUGGGAUACCUCUCCUUGCUGCAGGUGGCAACCUUCAAGGGCUGGAUGGACAUCAUGUACGCUGCCGUGGACUCGCGGGAGAUUGAAGAGCAGCCAGUGUACGAGAUCAACCUCUACAUGUACAUCUACUUCGUCAUCUUCAUCAUCUUUGGUGCCUUCUUCACCCUGAACCUCUUCAUCGGUGUCAUCAUCGACAACUUCAAUCAGCAGAAGAAAAAGUUUGGAGGCAAAGACAUCUUCAUGACAGAAGAGCAGAAGAAAUACUACAAUGCCAUGAAGAAGCUCGGCUCCAAGAAGCCCCAGAAGCCCAUCCCCAGGCCAGCGAACAAGUUUCAAGGGAUGGCGUAUACCCUUGUUACCAAGCAGGUGUUUGACAUAGUCAUCAUGAUCCUGAUCUGUCUGAACAUGGUGACCAUGAUGGUUGAAACAGACGAUCAAAGCGAGCUCAAAACGUCUGUUCUCUACAAGAUAAACCUGGUUUUCAUUGUCAUCUUCACCGGAGAGUGUGUGCUCAAAAUGUUUGCCUUGCGCCACUACUUCUUCACCAUCGGCUGGAACAUCUUUGACUUCGUGGUCGUCAUCCUCUCCAUCCUAGGUAUCGUCCUCUCAGACAUCAUAGAGAAGUAUUUCGUGUCACCCACUCUCUUCAGGGUCAUCAGGCUGGCAAGGAUCGGCCGCGUCCUUCGCCUGAUCCGAGGGGCAAAAGGCAUCCGGACUCUCCUCUUUGCUCUGAUGAUGUCCCUGCCUGCCCUGUUCAACAUUGGCCUCCUGCUUUUCCUUGUCAUGUUCAUCUACUCCAUCUUUGGGAUGUCCAACUUUGCCUAUGUAAAGAAGGAGGCAGGGAUCGAUGACAUCUUCAACUUUGAGACUUUUGGGAACAGCAUCAUUUGCCUCUUCCAGAUCACCACAUCAGCGGGAUGGGAUGGUCUCCUCAGCCCCAUCCUCAACAGCGGCCCCCCCGACUGCGACCCCGACCUGGAAAACCCUGGCAGUUCAGUGAAAGGGGACUGUGGCAAUCCAUCCAUCGGCAUCUUCUUCUUCUGCAGCUACAUCAUCAUCUCCUUCCUCAUUGUGGUGAACAUGUACAUCGCCAUCAUCCUGGAGAACUUCAGCGUGGCCACGGAGGAGAGCAGUGAACCCCUCUGUGAAGAUGACUUUGAAAUGUUCUAUGAAAUCUGGGAGAAGUUUGACCCUGAUGCCACCCAGUUCAUUGCGUACAGCACCUUGUCUGACUUUGUGGACACCUUACAGGAGCCACUCAGAAUCCCCAAGCCAAACAAGAUCAAGCUAGUCACCAUGGACCUACCAAUGGUUGCUGGGGACAAAAUCCACUGUCUGGACAUCCUCUUUGCCCUAACUAAGGAAGUGCUGGGAGACUCAGGAGAGAUGGAUGCCUUGAAGGCCACCAUGGAGGAGAAGUUCAUGGCCGCCAACCCCUCGAAGGUUUCCUAUGAACCCAUCACCACCACUCUGAAGAGGAAGCACGAGGAAGUCUGUGCCACGAAGAUCCAGCGUGCUUUCCGCAGGUACCUCCUGCGGCGCUCGGUGAAGCAGGCGUCAUACAUGUACAGGCACAGCAAGGACGAGGACGCCUUGACCGAGGAUGCACCCGAGAAGGAAGGGCUGAUCGCCACCAAAAUGCACCAGAUGUAUGGGAACAGUGGGGCAGAGGUGGAGGCAGCUCCUGCCUUUGGUCUGGAGCCCGUUCCUGGCUCGGAGACACAAGGUGCUCCCGAAGAAGGAAAACCAUGGGACAAGGGACGCGUUGUGAAAGAGUCACUGGUGUAACAGAGGCUUCCAUCCCUCGCCCAGCCUCAAGAGGCUGCAGUUGUACCUCCUCCUCCAGAGCUCUCUCCCAUGUACAGAUCACUAGAUCUUAGAUACU